GCGGAGACAGCGCCAGUGAACCUCUUCAGACGGCACCAAAGAUGAGCUGGAACCGUCUGAUAUCGCUGUUGCCUCGUGAAAUCAGAUUGUGUCGUCUUUUGUGAUGCAGGUUUUGUUUGAAGAAUUCGUUUUUUUAUUAUUGGAAAAUAAGUGGAGUCCAUUGUACUUCACUAAACAUCUCAAUACGGAGCUUAACUUGAAUGUUGCUGCAAGUGUCAACGCUACAAGAUUUUUCACGUAAUUGUCUUUGUAAAGUUUCUUAUGGAGGAUUUGAAAUCCGAGGGCUGGAAACGGCUACUUAUCCCUCACGGUGCGGCCAGAACAAACAGCACGAAUCUCCUUCGCAGAUCCUCAUCAUGGAGGAGCCCCAAAGAGCCGGGCUAUUACGAGAGCCCUGUGGCGCAGGUAAAUAGGCCCCCUCGCACAGCUCGUCCACAGAGCUGUAUUGAAGGUGGCACGGCGGAUAAAUGGCUUCAGACUCUGGAGAGGAUCCAGUCUCGUCCACUUCAGAGACAAAAAACACCUUUUGUGGACAAGACUGUGUCAAUGCCAGCUCUGCCAAAUGAGAUGACUGGAGGUAAUUCAGGUAGAAAGCGAACCCCCCGCGUCUGCCCCAGCCUGGGUGAGAGCUCAGUGGGUAGUCUGGAGUUCCUGGAGACUAGAGGAAGGUCGGAGAGGAGCAAUACGGUACACGUUAAACCCAGUCCUAGUACAGAGAGAGCUCAAUUCUGUUCUCUCGCUCCGGUUCGCUUCGGGUGGCUGCCCAUAGAAAGGCACGUGAUAUUGACGGACAUCUCUAACAAUGGCUGUCGCCAUGACAACAGCAGCUACCAGCAGAAACUGAAGUCUCCUAUAACUCCAGUGUUGCUCGGCACUCCUGCCAAACUCAAGGGAUCAGGAACAAAUGGAAGAGAACUCGAGCAAAGUGUAAGACCUGAAUCUGUAGGCUUCAGAUAUGGGAAGACACCUGUAAAGGCGUCAUACAGCCAUCAUCAGGCCUCGGGAUCCGUCAGCUCGGAGGGAGGUGGAAACGGAUCACAGAUUUGGAAUCCAACGGCCAAUUUCACCAGCUCGGUCCGGUCUCCUGAAACUAGCGAGCCAGCUUCCAAACACCCCACUUACAGGCGCGGAAGCGUGCAAGAGUUGCCGUCUAUCGGCUGUGCACGUAAAUUCAGUUCUUCCAUAUCAUCCAUCACCAUCACUUCAAAGAAGGUCACACGUUCUUUCAGUCUUCCGGACACAAGUCGUCCAAUGGCGAUGAACGAUCGCCCCACCGACUCUCCGGGUGGCCUCGCUACGCCCGUCCCGCCACAGAGAAAAGCCCUGGUGGUUAAAGUCACUGAACAGAGGACGAGCAUCACAACCACCCCCGGGGUGAACACUAUAGACCACAACACAGAUCACAAAGGUUAUGAGCACCCCGUGGUACUGAGGAGAAAGGCGUCUAUUGUGAAAAUGGUCGAGCAGACGGAGCGUUUCAGAGGAGGACAGCCCGAUGCGACAAAAACAGCACAAUACAGACAUAGUUAUACUGAAGGACUCCAUGAGACCGAUGCCAUCAAACACGUCUGUAGAUCUGGAGUCGAUACUAAGGCCAAUCCGGUGUUGUUAAACCAAGCUUUUACUGCAUCUGUAUCUGUAAACCAGUGGAGGUCUAGUACGGUCCAUCACAGAUCUAGCGUGUCUCUUCAUCUUAACAACCCCAACGAUAGUCGCACAGUCGAAGAGAGGUACGAGACACCACGAAGGCCGCUUAGCUGUGAUGCCGGCCUGUUUAACCGCACAGAUCCAACAUUUCACAACAAGAGCCCUCCGUGUCCCCAGAAGACAAAUAUUCACCUUGUUAGUUCCCGUGAAGCGGAAGAGAGCAGCGGUUUUGUCUCCAGCACGGGGAAUCUGGAUCCUGUUUUAGGAAUCAAACCUCUGACUCUAUUAAAAGUUCCAGAUGAUUCGCCUCUUCCCACCGCACGCGCUGUUCUAGCGCUGAACGCCGCCGCCGUUAUCACCAACAUCAAGCUGCAAACCCGACACAGACAGAAACGCAACACAACAACAGAGACACAAACAUCAUCGCACGCAUCAGCCGCAGGUGAUGGAAUAAACAGUGAUGGCGGAGAGACCGGCGGCGAUGGACGAAACCAAACUAUGGUUUGCUUUGGAUCUGAAGAUGCUCCGCUAUCAUUGAGAGAGGCUUUAGCUCUUAGACGACCUGAUUUCAUCCAGCGCUCACAGGCUAGAGUUCAGGCCCUGGAGCGGAGGUCGCAGGAGAGGCAGAAAACCCUCCGCUCACCUCACAGACCUGAGCCGACCUGCAGCCAUCAUCAGGAAGAUAACCUUCUGAAAUCUAAAGACAGACGAGUCGGUGGAAAGGAUGCACAUCUGCGGUCCAGGAGGAAUGACCUGCUUCCUGAAAUGAGGAAGAGGAGAGAGGAUAAAAGGAGAAAAAAAGAGGAAGAGAAAAGAAAACUGGCGUAUCGAACCAACAGGCUUCGUCUGGAGCUCUUUAAGAAGAAACUUUUGGACCAGGUUUUGCAGCGAGGAAAUAACUGACAUGGUCUUGGACUCGCUUCUUUUCUCACGCUGGACUUAAAAAUUUAUACCGUGACAACGGUUAUAAAUGUUUCAUUUGUGUUUUGUUUUUUUAAUGAAUGUGCGAUAAAUGUGAAUGUCAUUACUAUGGUUUCUCUCUCUAUGCAUAACUUUAUUUCAUGGGUAGCAAUUUGUCUUCAUAACUUCUAAUUUGGUCACAUUUAUCAGACUGUGUGGGAGGCCGAGGAUGGCUGUCACAAUCUUUACAGCUGUGAAUAUUAUCAGGGUAUGUUUUUCGUUUGUUUUUUUAGUUAAUUACUGUACAGGAACAGCGUUGAUUACUAAAAAACUAUUAAACAUUAACAGUAAAUUGUCUAUGAAAAAGAUGUUGGCUAAUUCAUCACACUAACCCUAUUGUUGAUUUUUGAAAGACACUUUUCUUUGAAAUAAGAAAUACUUUAUGAUAUUAAAACAAAGUGACGCUUUUUUUUAAGUAUGUUAGGCUAUUUGAUGUGUUUUAAGCUAGAUUUAGCCACUUUAAAAGGGUUUUUAGAGAACAUAAUUCUCCAAAAUAUUUGUAAAUUUCGACUAUUUUAAACUCGCUCUUUGAAACCAACACACAAAAUGAACUGCUUGAGAACCAAAAUUCACUUUUAAUUUGACUUUUAAAACACCUCAUACUUUCUAUACAGUAUAUGAAGAGUUUGGUUCCAAAAUGAGAUAACUCCGUUUUUAAAUAAUUUCAAAAAUCAUGAUUUUAUUAUGUUAGUUAGCUGUGUUUUUUUGUUAUUAUGGCUUGAAUCAAA